UGUCGUGCAUUGCGCAUGCGCAGAGCAGUACUGCGUGGGUAUCCACAGGACCAAAACAAUUGUAGUUGACCGGAUUAUUUUCGUAUUUAUUUUAUCUCAAUCUCUGUGACUUGCUAGCCCAUCUUUAAGAAAGGAGGUCGUCUGUUAUUUGUAUUAUGUUCUUAACGCCAAAGUUCUGGCGUAAUUGAAAACAUCUAACAACCCUUAAAUUCAGUUUUGUACAGCUAACAAUGCUAAACACGGCUACGUUUUGCGUCGCUUUCGGGCGAAUGUGCCGCAGGGUGUCACAGAAAGUCACUUCUGCUAAGUCUUCUCAAAGAGGCAACUCGUUGUCAGAUUUGUUUUGUGCAAGGAGAUGUUCUCGCUUCUGUUACGUCGCUAAUGGGACACGUGAGUUGACUUCUCUACCACAAAACUCGAAGGUGCCCGAAGCUGCAACAUGGGAGACGAUACCAGAGGACCAGCUGCCACCACCAACUCAAGUGGCAGAGGACCUGGUGGACAAACUUGAGCGUCUGGCCUUGGUGGACUUCCGCACCAAAGAGGGACUGGCCUGUUUGGAGAAGGCCAUCAGAUUUGCAGAUGAGCUUCAUGUUGUAGACACCUCAGGAGUCGAGCCGAUGGAUUCGGUUCUGGAGGACAGGGCUUUAUGCUUGAGGGAGGAUGCAGUAAUAGAAGGCAACCAUGCAGAAGAACUUCUGCCGCUCUCAAAAAACACAGUGGAGGAAUAUUAUGUGGCACCACCAGGAAAUAUUCCUUUACCAAAGAGGGAAGAGCGGACUGCCAUGUUGAAACACUCUGAAUUCUGACAUCAAGGAAGUUGUUGUUCAUCAUCAUAAUAAUUGCAUCAUUAGCUUCGAUGCAUUUUCUCAGGACAUUGAUAUUUUCAGUUGGCAGUUCACCUAACCGGAGGCUGAUGAGUAGGCCAGAUUGACUGCAUCCACUUCUUUAAACAUCAACAUAGCUGGUGUGUGUAUUCUUAAUGAGUCUAAUUAUUUUCUUUAUUAUUUUAGAUGUAAGCAGUGAGCUUCACAUAAAUCAGACAUCUCAGUAUACUUUCAUUCACAUUUGGCAGACAUUUGUCAUUUUUUUUACCACAAAUCAUCAGAGGCAAAUUAAAAAGUAACACUUUUUUUGGUUACACAUUCACAAAGCUUUAGGGAUAUUAGGGUUUAGGCUGAAAGUGCAGAGUGCACCAAAGAUGAACUAUAACCUUUACAUGUGAAUUUUCUUUGACACUCAUUAAAUUUUGGGAUGCUUGUCAGCAGCAAAUUUUUGGUCACGCCUGCUCAACAGCAACAUGCUGACCUUAGAAAAUGUCUUAUUAUUGCACAUGAGGUUGUUGACCUAUUUUCUUUUUAAGUUUGAACCAGAAGAGCUUGCGCAAUUUACCAUGCAUCGUAAAUUAUAACUAUGAAAAUUCCAGAAAAGAAAUCCACCUGUGGCUGAUCAUAAUCCUUCACAACUAUUACUAAAUUUGAUUAUUAUAUUUUGAAAACCUUAAAAAAUGUUGAAAUUUGUUGACCAAUGUUCUUAUGGUGCAUUUUAGGUUGAUCCCAAAAUUUCACCCAAAGCCCAAUAUUUCUUUUUGUGUACAUUAUCAUUAUUUAUAGUAUUUUCAGCACUAAAGUUAUUAUGCUGUGAUGGUGAUUAUUAUCACAUGAAGUGCUGUUAUUGUGAUCUCUUGCAAAAUCUGUUGAGUAUGAAAAAUUAAAUCACAGUGUUAUUGUAAA